AUGGGCGGGAAGCCGGUCGGAAAGGGCGGCAAAUAUGGUGGCGGCCGCGGGGCCGUCGGAAGGGGCAGCCCAGGCAAAGGCAAAGGCAAGUCAAGCUUCCGCCCGCAAGAGGGGAAGCCCGAUGGCAGCACAAAGACCGAGUCCCUGAAAGCCCAGUACCUCCACAAGCAGCGAGGCGAGGAUCCGGCUCAGGACUCCCAAGCGAGGGAACAGGAACCCGAAGACAAAGCCAAAGUGCUCCGGGACCGGCUUCUGCGCAAGAAGCAGGAGCAGAAGAACCAG